AUGACCCCAACAGCCGCUGCCGCAGAGGGGACAAUCCAGACCCAGCAGAAGCAAAUCGCAGAAGAUUUUGAGGAGUCCGAGGGGCCGAUGGUGGCUGGAAUGAUACGAUACCAGCCUCGGAGUUUGCAACCAGACCAGUGCCUCCCGAGCCCUGAAUCACAGGUCGCACUGAUGCCCCUUCAAAUAAGCAUCCAAGUGACCUUUCACAUGGCCGUUGUAAGACUCAAAAGUGGUUAA